CCAGAACCAAUCUUUUGCCUGGUACCCUUAGUCCUUUUCAAAUCCGCGGACGAUUCAGAACACGUCGAACAUGUGUUCGACACCGGACUGGAGUUUCUGGCUAUGAUUCUUGCAUGAUUCAGUCGUCCACCUGCCGUGCUGGCUACGUUACACCGACCUACGUACAUCAUGAAUUCUCAUUAACUUUUGUCCAGAAGACCCAUCCGUUUGCCAACGUCGCUGCUAUUAAAAAACGAAAGCAUGCAUUUGAUAAACUGGAAUGUCAUUUUGAUAGUGACGUUUACAUUGAUUUCCACGGGCAUCGAUUCGCUGUCGAAGAAAAACCUUGCUCAGCUGCCAGACCAACUUCAGAGGCAUUACACCUCGGUAUCAAACCAAUCGUUCAACGUUCCAUCGUAUUGGGAGCACAUUUUGCGGGAGUUCGUGUUCAAAACAAUAUCGCCGCCUCCACCAGGCAACAAUCGACUCUAUAAAAGUCUGUUGGAGGCGCCGUUCUACGCGGGCCCGGUUCCGGUAGUCGCCAAAGACGCCAGCAGCGUCGUGCUGUCGCGGGGCGACGUUUAUUACCAGCCGAACGAUCGUUGGUUGUUUUGUCAACAGGGGUGCAAAGAUUGCGAUGCGUGUCUCGAACAGACACACCCGGUGGUCAAGUGGGUGCUAAGGAGGAUCAAAAGAGUCUCGUCCUACGGAUCGAAUAGACAUGAUCUUCAAUUGACGAUCGUGCCACAAAUAGACGGUAGCUACCACAUGAGGACAUUGUGGCCACAAUCGUACAUCUACGUGACCUCGCAAGGAGAACAGGAUGAGUACUUGAGUGAUAGUUAUCGUAAUGAUAGAACCGCUUACGUCGCGGUCGAGGACGAUUUGCCUGGACCGCAGAAGAAAUCUAGCAAUUUUUGGACGUACACGGACAAGGAUUCGUUACCCGACAAACAAACAAUGGACAAGUUGGACUUUAAGGGACGUACGAAGGCUGAUAAAGAAGAUAUUGCAAGUACGACUGUGAUGUCUGAAAAAGAGGAACAGGGAAACGAGACGAAGAAUGUCCCGGUUCGACAACCUCAAGUGAAAUCCGAGAAGCAGAAUUCAACGUCAACGGAUGCAGUUAGAUCAAGGGAGAACGGGAGAGUAAAACACUUGAUACCAAAGUUGAUCCUUGGGACUGAUCAAACGGGACAGAAGCAUUUGGUGCACGUGGUACCUGCCGACACGCCGAUCAACUCGAGCUUAAUGAACUCCCUCAUAUCGAAUGCGUUGAGUUCGGCCGGGCAGAAUAAAACCGCCUAUCAACGCAUACUUCGUAGGAUAUUCGAUUCUUUAAACAGCAAUAGACGGUCUAUCGAAACAUUCCUGGAGCCUUUGACUUCGAUGGGGAAAGCGAGUCAACAAGCCGAAGAGCAUCAGCUACAGGAAACGAGGGGUGGUUUUCCAGGAUGGAGGCAAGCUGGUUUUUAUCCUGUACGCAACAAGGGAAGUCACAAUGAAUCUUCGUUUCAAAAACGAUGGCCUUAUACUAUAAACUGGAGCAAACUACGUAGUACUUCGAACAAUAGUGAAUAUCCUUAUAAGAUAAUAAAUAAUAAUGAUAGUUUUGUUACACUGAAUAACAGUUUCAUUUUGUAUCCGAAUGGAGGAAAUAAUUUUGUGAAAGACAAGCGUGAUAGAUUUAAAUCUGGAUUGACCAUGCUCAAUAAUACGUUUAAAAAUAAUUUCCAGGGAAAUAAUAUCACUCGGAAAACAUUAAUAAGUACUGAAUCAAUAAAAUCAUGAGUCAUUUAGCUUUUUUUAUAAUACACAAGAAUUCGAUUAGUAAUUUGAUAAUAAUUCAUAUUAUAAUGUAAGUUGUGUA